AUGUCGAAGUACGAAUCGAGAUUGUUCAUUAAUGGCGAUCUAGUGGAGCCCUCCAAGGGAAACACGUUUCCCCUACUCAACCCGGCAACCAAUGAGUUGGUUGCGAACAUUCCCAUCGCCGAGGAGGAUGAUAUUGACAAAGCAGUCGCAGCAGCCGAAAAGGCUCAGCCUGGAUGGGCUAGACUGCCUGCCCGCAAGAGGGCUGCUAUUAUUAGAAAGUUUGCCGCUCUUAUGGAUGAAAACAAACACAAGUUGAGUGAGCUCGACUCGAUUUGUAUGGGGAAGCCUCUGCAUGACGGCCUCGGUGAUGUACAGGAAGCAUGCGAUAUUACCAACUACUUUGCCGGCCUUGUUGAGAUCGCGGACGGUGAGACCUCAUUAAACUCGCCAGACUCCCUUAACAUCUCCAUGCGACAGCCGUUUGGCGUGGUGGCUUCCAUCAUUCCCUGGAACUUUCCCACUAUGAUCUGGUGUCAUGAUGUUGUACCCGCAUCUGGAGCUGGAAAUGCAGUUAUAUUGAAGACAUCAGAAAAGGCCCCGCUGAGUGGAGUUCUGCUCGCCCAACUGGCAUAUCAAGCUGGGUUCCCCCCAGGAAUUAUCAAUGUCGUGUCAGGUCCUGGCCAAACUGGAGCCCUGCUUUCUGCUCACAUGCGUAUCAGGAAGAUUAGCUUUACUGGGUCCACCGGAACAGGUCGUGCCAUUAUGCAGGCUGCCGCGAAGUCCAACCUGAAGACUGUCUCGCUCGAGCUUGGAGGGAAGUCUCCACUGUUGGUCUUCGACGAUGCUGAUCUAGAAGCGACGGCAGCCGCCGCUGUCAAGUCAGUUACCUUCAACUCAGGCCAGGUUUGCACGGCAUCCUCUCGCCUGUACGUUCAGAAGACCGCCGCGGACCAGUUCAAAAGGCUGGUCUCACAGCUUAUGUUGAACCUGCGGCUUGGGGACCCUCGGACAACGAACACUGAUAUGGGCCCUCAAGCUGACAGCAAGCAAGCGGCAGCCGUGGCAAGGUAUCUAGAAGCGGGACUGCAGGACGGUCAGGCGCUGGUAGGUGGGAAGAGAGCCUUGGAUGCAGGGGAGAACUUUAUUCAUCCUACCAUUUUCUCCAAUAUUCCUGAUAAGAGUAAACUUGACAUGGAGGAGGUCUUCGGUCCCGUCUUGGUGCUACAUGAGUUUGACACCGAAGAAGAGGCCGUCCGGCGUGCGAACGACACUGAAUAUGGUCUGUAUGCCUCAGUCUUCACAAAGGAUGUCAGCAGGGCUUUGCGCGUGGCGCGUGCCCUUGAGGCCGGUAAUGUUGGAGUCAAUUGCACCUCGCCAGAUGGCGCCUACGAGCUACCAUUCGGUGGUUGGAAGGCGUCGGGCAUUGGAUCCCAAAAAGGAAGUUCUGCUAUCCUAGAAUGGACUCAGGGCAAGUCAGUGUAUAUCAAUCACUCCGCCUAG